AAUUAUGUCAAGUAUAAAAUAUUAAAAUAAUUUUUCAAAAAAAAGUUACAAUUGAUAGUAUAGAACACAAAAUACAGAAAAAAUGUUCUUGGUAACAAACGUGGUGAUUUUAUUAUUCCUUAGCGCUAUCAAGUCAAUUGUGUAUAAUGAGUUCGUUGGAAUUCUAUGGGAUAUAAUUAUUUCAAAUAGAAAUCAAAUAUCGUAUGGUGGAAAAUUUUUAGAUCUCCCAUUUCAUUAUAAACCAGUGGAUAAAGAAUGGUGUAGAGAAAAAUGUACAAGUUUGGGAUUUACUUAUAAGGAACCUAAUAUGAAUCAGAAAUUAACACCGAAUAUGAUCCCGGUUGAUAUUUUUUUUAAUAACCGAUUAUUGUACCACGUUUUAUCAGAAUUGAUAUGCAGGAAUUAUCGAUUUUAUUUUAGCAUAUAUAGAAAUACUGUAGAAAAUCUAAUUACAAAUGAAGAAAUCAAACGUUUUAUUAAUAAUGACAGCUGGUUUGAAAAUGUUUUAAAGCAACGAGUUCAAAAUGAAAGAUCUAGUUUUAAUUCUAACAUUCGAGAUUUGGAAAUUUUUGCUNCAGCUCAUUACUUAGAUGUUUGUAUUUAUGUUUUUAAAGACAAGCUUAACUUAUGGAUGUAUUUCCGAAAAGGGUGGCCAAACUAUAAUGAAGUUAAUAUGGAAAAUGAAAAAUGCAUUUAUCUAUACGAGAAUAAUCAUCAUAUUGGUGUAGUUACUAAUGUUAACAAUCCUUAAUAGACAUUUAUACAUAAAUCAAAUAAUUUAAUAUAUAAAAAAUUUAUUACUA